AUGCAAAGUUCUGUUAUUUGGGUGAGUAUUGCGCUCGUUGUAGCGCUCAGAGUACUUCAAUGGGGUUCGCACUACAGAGAUAAUGUUAUAGAUGCUAUCUGGUGCAAACCUGGAGCUCUCAAACUUGGGGAAUUGAGCCGCAAACGUCAGGAUCUUCAAAGACAACAAAGGUCAACAAGUGCUCAGGACGAGUACGCAAAGUGGACGAAACUGAAUCGCCAAAUUUCUCAACUAGAUACACAAUUGACUGAGGCACAGGCACAACUGAAGCAGACCCGCCAGGUUGGGGAGAAGGCACUUUCGAGACUUCGGUUAAUCUUGCUAACGGCCCCCUUGCUGCUCCUGCGUUUCUGGAAAGGCAAAGUAGCCGUUUACACUUUGCCACAGGGUAUGUUUCCUCGUAUGAUUGAAACCAUUCUGUCACAGGGCUGGGCUGCAUUGGCAAUGGCGCCUAUGAGAUACGUAUGGGCGCCCGGUGCUCUGAAACCUUUGCAACUCGAAACACCAGUGUGUCUCGGUAUUUGGAUCUGGGCCCUGACAAAGGUUUUGGAUACUGCAGAGUUUGUUGUAAGAAGUUUGAUUCAAUAA